CUAAAAAAACCUUUUCUCUUCCCUCUUUCUCUCCGAUCUGUUUCUUCUCCCCUCUCCCUCCUCCACCGCAGCUGGCCCCCGUUCCCUGUACUCCUCAUGUCCUCAUCUUCGCACUUUGAAGCCAAAAUAAAGAAGGCAACAAAGAGUAGACAUUUACGGUUCUAUAUUCUAAUUUUUAGGUUUCUAGGGUUGAACUCUGCAAUGCCAAAUAUAAUUCCCUAGGAUCAUUAACUGUGGCGCCAUGGGUCAGAGCCGAUAGUUACAAUGAACUGUGUGGAUGAGGAGCGGCGCGAGAGUAGUUAAGUGAAGGAUUGCAUUGAAGGGAGUGGAUAGUGUCUUUGGCUGACUCUCGAUUCUAGUGAUAAUUCCAAUACGCAUGCUAGAUAUUGGUUACUAAGUUGCAUUUGAAGUAUAGUGUUCCAGGGGCGUACUGUAAAGCUAUGUGAGUAUGCCCCUUUCUCUUUCACCUUGUUCUUCCUGAAACGGGGUGAUGGUAGUGCAGUAAUCCAGUUUAGACUUUGCAACUUCGGAGCAAGAUGGC